CGAAGGCGAUUCAGGCCGACGAGUAGUCAGCGUCAAGCGCUUCGCCCGACACGUUCAGUACCGCCUCGUCGUCGGCUCGAGGACGAUUCUUUUUCGUGUUCUUGCUUGUCGCGAUCGCUUCAAGUUUCCGGCUGUUACACUUGAAAGAAAUUUGGAGCACGCCGAGAGACCAAUUCGUCACAGAAUCAAGAUCCGCGCGACUGCGAGUGCGUCCGUGGGUUUCCGCGCGCAAAAGAAGACCAGCACCGCAAUUGCGCGCGGUUGACGCGCGCUUCCGGGCUUUCCGUCAUGGUCGCUUAAUGAGGGCACGGCGAUUAAGACCUUAUUUCAUAAAACAAAGCCAGCUGUCGUCGGCAACGUGUUUAGCGACGUCUUAAUCCGGCAGAGCUCCCAGGGCGGAACGAGAAAAAGCAGGUCACUAGCAGCCACCUGUGACUCUUGCUGGAAGGGCUAAAAGGGGACACGCGAUAGUGAAAAAGGGAUAGAGAGGAAGAAAGAGAGGAUGAAAAGGUAUCAGGCUGCUGGGAUAACAGAAGUGAGAGAGGAAUUUUAAUUCGAGUCGCGGAGCGGAUAGGCGGUCGCAAUUUUCCCCUGAGGAGGAUGCGAGGCCUCGCGAGGGUGCAGCGUAAAAGGGGUAAGUGAAUGGAGAGGCCGUCGGCGGCGGGCGACGUCGUCAGGCGGAGAAACGCGUUUCUUUCGGACCGGCAUCGAUCACGAUCGAUCGAUCCCGAGGAGCCACCACCAUCGCCGACUCGCUCCUGACCGCGAUCCUGGCUCAGGGAACCGCCGCGGGGAAUCGAAUUAGUAUCCUUUGGACGAAGAGGAACGGCGGGGGUGUCGGACGGGAGAGCGUGAGGCGAUCAUAUUGGGUUUCCAGGAGGUGGACGAGCGACUUCGACCGCCCGCCGAAACCGAUGCCUUCCUGAGGUGGUGGCAUUCUCGCGGUCGUGCACGAGGUCACCGCCGAACGGUGCGACUAAACCGUGAACAUGGCAGAUCUCGAGAGGAUCAGGCUGGUGGUGCUCGGCGGGGCCGGAGUUGGCAAAAGUGCCAUUAUACGACGAUUACUCGGCCAGGGUUUCAACGAGCGAUAUCGACCCACCGUGGAGGAUUUGUAUUCGCGCGAGUGCAUCCUCGGCACUCUCACGCUCAAGGUCGAUCUUCUGGAUACCGCGGGUGAUCUACAGUUUCCCGCAAUGAGACGGUUGAGUAUAGCCACUGCUCAUGCAUUCCUCCUCGUAUAUGCGACAACAUCGUUACCUAGUUUCGAGUGCGUGAAACGCUGCUUCGAGGAAGUAAGAGAACAACGACCCGAUUUUCAGGAAGUACCGAUAGUCGUUGCCGGGAAUAAGCUCGAUUUGGCACCAGCGAGAAGAGAAGUGCCCAUCGAGGACGUGAGCGAAUGGUUGUUCUGCGAAUUGCCGAAGCUACGAGCCAAAGUGAUGGAGUGCUCAGCGAAAGACGACUAUAACAUAAAGGACUUAUUUAGGUGUUUCGUCACGCUCUCCAAAAUCGUGCCGAAAAAUCCGACCGGUGAGGCCGACGAGUCGGGACUUAGGCGGAGAUGCUCAGCGUACGGGUCACGCAGAUCUGGUAGUCCUGGAGGUAGGACUGGCAGUGCGGGUCCCGAUGGGAAUUCUCAGCAAAUUGUCGCGGCACAAGGCUCCAGUGUCGUCGCUGUCACCGAGGAAGUGAAGAGCAAGCCGCGUAGCCGCAGUCUGAUCAGACGUGCCUCUCGAAAAACGAAGCAACAGAUCAGAGAUGCCCGCGCGGACGAUUGCAACAUCUCCUAAGCCGACUACCCCGAUCAUAGAUUGAUGGAGAAACGGAUCUCAUCGCGAUCAGAAGCCUGCUGGUCCUGUCUGCGAGGAAAGCGCAGCUACGAGCAAUUGUUUGGUUUAGCAACCGUAAGUCUCUUAAAAUAAGGCACGAGUUGGCUUCCACGAUUUAUGAAGUGCAACUCAUGAGGAGAAAUCUUUUCAUGACCGCUAGAUCACGGAUCAGUGUUUGCCACUUAUAUUGUAUUGAUUUAUGGGAUUCCGAAGGUUUGCAGCGGGUAAACGGCAAGCCAAAGAAAUGACUCGUUCUAGAAGAAGCCCAUCUCAAAGUUUGAGGAAAUAAAUCGAUUUUAUAAGUCGAUUUCAUAGGAUUCAUAUCGAGAAACGUGUGUAUCAAUAGCAGAGUGUAUCAUAACUAAAUUCUGAGUUUGCAAUUAGCUUCUUUUGACAAAUAUUUGUAAUAUUUAAAAUAUUAAGUUUUUGAUAAAUUUAUUUUUAUGUCAAUUUUAAUGUUAGAGAUGGAAAUGUCAUACUAACUAGCCGAUUCGGUAAAUUUAUAUUUUCAACACUCAGCUGUCAAUAUACACUCUCUUUGGAACAUCCUGUAUAUACAUUAACGGUGUGAACGUGAAAUGUUUGAUGUUUAAUAGCGAACAUAAUUUUUUUCAACGAAUGAAUGAACUCAUAUAUAUUUCUCGGUGUAAAAUAUUUUCAAAGAUUUAAAGUAGAAGAUCACGUGUCAAAGAAUUUUAUAUUUUUAACAAAAAGAACGAAUUACGGAAUUUUAUCGUCAUUAUUUUUACAGAGUUUUCAGAGCAUUCCGAAAUAUAUGAUACAUAAAGAAUACGAUUUACUGCAAAUGGAAAAAAUUUUAUAUUUGGAUAUAAAGAAACGUCUCUCUCUUUCUCUAAUCAAAAUAGUUUUUACUUAAUUAAUGGUAUACAGUAUGCGAAGUGUUGAAAAUGUUGUCUUGUUUUUAAAAAUUAAUUGUAAAUGUGAGACUUGCUAGAAAAAUGCAGAAAGUUAUUAUUACAAGGAAACAUAAUAAUAAUAAAAAAAACAGAGAACAGGAAAGAGAAGAAGUAAGGAAACACUGAAAUAAUGGAAAGUGCAUAAUAUUGAAAAAUACUACAAAAUUAGCAAAGCCUCGACCGUAUAAAAAGAUCAAAAGAACUUUCGUGUGCUCAAAAGAGAUAAGUCUGGAAUCAAACUAAAGACAAGAAUGAAACUAGAAACGCCAAUUUAAAAAAUAAAGUUGGUUCUUUGAAGAGAUAUUUUUAUUAGAGAAAAUUUUUACUAGAGAAUGCGAAAGAGAUACAAAGUUACGAUAUUCGAUAUUGUUUGAAAUUAUAACUAGCAAUUUGCAAAUAAUUAAAAUUUCUUAUUUAAAACAGUUGCACACAAACAUCUGUACGACAUUUGAUGUAAUUUAAUUCGCUUUAAAUAUAAUUUAGACACGAAAACGUUUUGUGACACGUGCACUUAAAUAAGUAUUUUUUACAGUCAAUUAAAAUAUCCUCGUGGCAAAGAGAGAGACACUUUUCAAAAAUUUUUCCAAGCGAUGCAAAACGCAUCGUUGCGAAAAUAUCAAUUUCUCUCGUGUCACGAGAAACAUCGAGUUUGACGCGAGUAUCAUCGCCGAGUAACAAGAAAUUCGUUUUACAAAUUACGGGACGCAUAAUCGUCAAAGCACAAAGUACCUUCUCCUUUGCCUCUCUACUAAACUUUGUCAACAGAUACGUGCUUCUUUCUCGUAACGUUUAUGAAAUAACGACGAGAUAUUGUACGUUUCACAAAUCUUUAUGGUUUAAUAUAUUGCAUGAGAAGUAUAUUAAAACUCAAUGACCUUAUUUCAAAUAAAUAAUUUCCAUAUGUGCAACAAAAAUUUUUGCUUACCGUAAAUAAUUUAAAAUUGGACGUCGCUUUUUGAUCAGUUUUUAAAUUUUAUCUAUCUUGGUAACUAAUACUCAUCUUGCGAUUCUGUCAACAUAAAUUUUAAAAUUAAAAUAAAAUCUAUCAUUCUUGACGCCGAAAAAAUAUCUCGAUGUUUAAAUUAACGACAAAUCGAGUUUUCUUUAAAUAAAAAGUUCGUAGAUAAAUAAUAAUAAUUUUAAGAUGUUUCAUACAGUUUCUAUCUUUUGUAAAAGUACACAUGUGAUAAAUUAGGUUUUAUUUUAUGUAACGAGUGCACAAUAAUUGAUCAUAUGAAUGAUUCGCGAUUGUUGGACAUGUUAAUACCCCGAAAGUAUACUACAAUUUAGAGAAAUUAUAUAUUCAUAAACAUUUAAGGGACAUUAGACAUUUCAAGAACGCGUACCUACGGGAAAUAUAUCGAAGCACAUUAUUUUAGAUAUUCGGACCUAGAUAGGGUGCUGAUUAUAAUAUAGUUAGGGACGACUCGAUAGAGAAACGAUUCUCCUUCUUGUUCUGUAUUUUAACGUAUCUUACUUCGAUGCUCUAAUUUCUUCAAACUGUUACAAUAUUUAAUUGCUACUGCUUUUUGCAAAACAUUCUUUUAUCAUUGAAUAUUGAAUAUUGUCUAAAUGAUAUAUGUUAUAAUUAUAUAAGUCAUUAGAAAAAUUUUAUUAAGAAAAAACAAUAACGAUAAAAAAUAUAAAUUUAAUGAAACAAGAAUUAUCAAAAUAAAAUGGAACUUCCUUUGAUUCCUGGACUUGAAUCAAAAUUGUAUGCAUCAAAAGUAUUAUUAGCAAUAUUUCAAAACUGAAGACUUUAUUGAUAAAAUCAGGAAAAACUCUUUUAAAUUGACGUAGGAUUAUUUGCAGUAUAAUAUGAGGUUUUACAUUUUGUAAAAUUAAAUCUUUUCACUUAAGGUAUAAAUAAAAAUAAGAAAUGCAAAGAAGAAGAUACGAACGUUUUGUAUAUAGAAUUGUAAAAAGUGGAAAAGAAUCAAUCUAUAUUCUAUAAAAUGGAACAAGCAGGAGAAUCACAAGCCAUCGUAACUGAACCGAUGCACAAAAGGGAUUGAAAGAAAUAUCACAAUUUGAAACAACUAUUCAGUACUCAAGUACGUGAAAUACUUGAAUAUAUAUCACAAUUGACACGUACAUGUUAAAACCGUAUAAUGUAAUACUACUGUUAAGCAAGUAGAAUUCAGGUAGCAAAAUAUGCGAAUGUUUCAUACAGAAGUCUCGCGCGAACUAAUUGCAAACAUUUCAGAGUUACAUUAUAUAUCAUAAUUACAAUUUUGGUAAUUUGCGCUUCUACGAAAACGUAAAAAUAUCUAAAAAAAUUUAACAACUCAUGAAAUUAUUUUAACUUGUAUUUUAUUCUAUAUUUUGCGACAUUUAAUUUGGAAUAUGUUUAACACAUCCUACAUUGUAGGAUUUAUUUAGAGCCAUAGAAAGAGAUGAAAAUAGAAAUUUUAGUUGAGAAUAAAAUAUGAUUCUUGCAAUAAAUUAAAGAAAGACUCUAAUAUUUGUAAAAGAAACUUAUUUACGAUUAUAUAAUAUUACUGUUUGUCUGUCAUAAUAAUUGAAGAGAUGGAGCUUGCAAGUGUGAAGCACAUCUAAUUUACUUGAAAUUAAAUCAUGCCAUUACAUCAAGAAUAAAAAUUAACUUACGAUAUCUUAAAUAAUUAAGCUAAUGAAUAAGUUAACAAUUGUUAUUUGUUAAUAUAAAUAUAGAAAUCGUAAGUCGUGGAUAUAAUAAGAUCUCUUUGUAAAUUUACGAUCCUAUUAUAAUUUUAUUAUUUGCAAAUAAUUUUGUAUUUGUGCAUAUUUAUAUGGCAAUUAUAAUUUAUUAUAUACGUUAUUGGUAAAUUCAUGCUUGAAAGUUUGAGUCUAAAUAUAAAAGAUAAGAUGGAAAGAUAAGACAAAUUUCAGUGGAUUUAAGUAAGAAUUAUAGAUUAAGACAAAGAGGCGCAGAUAAAAAAUGGAGUAAUCGCGGCUCUGUUAAAGUUAAGUGUAAUGCGCGACUAGACUAUAUAUUACGAAUAUUAAUAACCGUCCCAUUAAGAUAUUUUUCGCGCGACCAAGAGGAAAAUAUAAAGGUGAAAGGUACGUUCGGUGAAGAAACCUGAGAUCGUGAGACGUUUGCGAAGUAUGUUGCAAAAGGAUCUGAAACUGUUGCAAAAAAAUUAUGAGAAUUUAUCCUUAACAAACACCUCGCAAACGUUCCGCGCAAAUGUACGAGUAAAGUUUUGUAUUUUAACAUUUUAACGCGAGAAAGCAGAAUAUUUCUAUCAGUUCUAUCACCUUUGUACAAAUGCGUGUGUAGUGUAUCGUUAAUGAAUGUGGAAAACCUGCGAAGAAAAUUAUGUCUGAUUUCUUAAAGCAGUCAGAAGCUGUUGAAUAUCACCAGAUUUGUGUAUACAUACGCAUAGCUUAAACUUAAUUGUCAUAUUUAUAUAAUUUAUAAUAUGCACUGGAAAAAUCGAUAAAAUAUCUAAAAAAUAAAUUCUUCAUACGAAAUAUUAAAAUGCCGCUCUGCAAUGUCGAGAGCCGUCUGAGAGUUUAUAAUUAAAAUAUAAAUUAAAACAUUUUUUGGACAGACAAGGGAUUAAAAUAAAUCAAAGAAGUAUCAAGGAUUCUAGCUGGACUUCCGAGUAGUAAACGAUUCACGAAUAGAUUUGAUUGCAAUGUUACAUCUAAUCUUGCAUGGAUCUCGAUGCGGUCAUCGACGAUACACUAACGCGGUUUCAUUGCGGCUAUUGUGAUGUACAUUCUAUCGUGUGUCCACGAGAUUUUGCGCAACCUCAACGGAGACUUCUUAGGAUGGAGCCUGUCGAACUUCACUCGCAUCUCACAAAGCACCUCCCACCAAGCUUUACACGCGAAACGCAUAUUCUAAAUAACAAUCGAGCUAAUUUCCCAGUACCUAUAUAUUUACCUAAAUAAUAAUCUGUAUCUAAACACGAAUGCACAAUGGACCAAACGAUCAGCGCUUAAAGUUCCGAUCCGAGCACACGUUGACAUAAUGCAAGCUAUUAUCCUGCUUCGAACGUCAGACUCUAACAAGAUAGGUUUUGCAGAGAAGGUUCUUGACAGGACAAUGGUUUUUAUCUACUAGCUAGUACAAAUAAUAACCGGUGUUAUCCUUCGAAGUCUCGUUUUCAAUAGGACGGAUAAAUGUACGCGGUAAGCUUCAAGAUGAAGGCAAGAUGAAAAUGUACAAUUGCCCUUUUGGGUUUUUUUUAAUAAUCAGACUUUCUCUCAA